CUUAUCCAUUCCAUGCUAAAAAGAAAGAAAAAGCUCGAAAACAAAUUUCAUUACUUCGUGUAUCGUUUCCGUUGAAUUCCGAUGGCCGAAAAGUCAACCCUAUCCCCAACAUCGCAAACCUCUUCUCCUCUUCCUCGUCGCCGACCCUCUCAGCGGGUGCAGUACCUGGAGGUGAACUGCACGAGCUCCGGCAAGACGCGGCGGUUUGCGGAGAGCACGGAUGCGGGAUCGGCGGUGGAGUUGAUAAAUAUGAGGCUGAAGACGGAGGAAGUAGGGCUUCCAUCUGCAUUGUAUAUAGAGGCAGUAAAAGACGGUGAAGAGCCAAUUGUUUUUGGUCCAACUUCCACUCUUGUCAGCUACGGUGACGGUUGGAAGCUUCAAACCGUUACCCAAACGGAUCUCUUCCGUACGGAAAUCAGACAUAGAGACGUUCGACGGAUGCCAAAGCAGGCAUUUGGUUUGGGUGUCUUAUAUCCAGAAAGGAGGGAAUCCAAACCAAGGGAGAUUCUAUGGUGCUGAUGGUGGUUAUGAGCAUCACAUGCUUACAUACAUGUGGUGUCAUGGCCAGAUACUGAUGUGUGGAGCUGAGAAUAAAUGUGAGUACGAGACUAUAGGAUCUGUAAAGUAAUUUCAUUGCUCUCAUUUUGAUUGCUUUGUGAAGAAUAAAUAAUUAGAAGAUAAUCACUAAUUUAUAGAUGGUUAGGUAAUGGACCAGCUCUCGUUCAUGGUGGGCAGGGGUGUACAUGUCCGACUCGGCCCGGUCCCGAAUACUUUAGGGGUUAAUUUAGUGUAAUUUCAUCGGGUUUAGGGGUCAGGUAAGGGUCUCAAAAAUAGAUUCGGUCAUUAUUUUGGGUCGGGUUCGGUCCAUAAUUCGGGUCGUUCGAAUUCGGCCUGGUGGUCCGGUCAUCAUACACAAUUAAUAUUUUGUGAUAUUAGUGAUGGAUGAUGGUUAUUCUUAUGUGGAAUUUAAAUAUUGUAAACCAUAAUAUUUUGUGUUAUUAGUUAUUAUAAGAUUAUAAC